UUCGACAAACACGUGCGACGUGCGUUAAUGACUGACGCAUGCGCAUUAGAUUGUUUAAAGAGCGGCUUUCAUUCUCAUUUCUCAACUGGGAUUUUUUUAGUUAAAAUAUUUUACUCUCAUUUUUUAAUAGAAAAAACCAAAAAUGUCUGAUUCCUUCGCAAGUACUGGCUUUGACGAUAAUACUGAUAAACAAAAAGGCAUUGAAACUGAACUCAAGGAUUUAAUAGAAACGGAGAAAAAUCAAAUGGAAUUUAAUUCACAGUUGCACGAAUUUAACGGCAUUUGCUGGGACAUGUGCGUAGACCGACCAAGCUCGAAAUUGGACAGUAAAACAGAGAAAUGUUUAAAAAAUUGUGUCGAUAGAUUUAUAGACACAUCACUUUUUAUCACCACCAGAUAUGCGCAAUUAUUGCAGAAAAAUUUGUAAUUAUUUUAAUAAGUUCAACACAAAAAAAAAAUAAAUAAAUAAGUAGGUAAUAAAUA